AUGACAACUACAGCGGUAAAAGAUGAACCGCAACGUGUCAAAACAGGUGUUCUACUAUUGAAUAUGGGUGGUCCAGAAACAGUUGACGAUGUUUAUGACUUUUUAUUACGAUUAUUUUCCGAUAAAGAUUUAAUACCAUUGCCAGCACAAAAACAAUUAGGUCCAUUGAUUGCUAAACGUCGUACACCUCGUAUUCAAGAACAAUAUGCAAAAAUUGGAGGCGGCUCGCCAAUACGUAUGUGGACAGAAAAACAAGCAAAAGGAAUGAUUAAUAUAUUAGACAAAAUCUCUCCAAUGACAGCACCUCACAAGUACUACAUUGGUUUCCGUUAUACUAAACCAUUAACUGAAACAGCGUUGGAUGAAAUUGAACGCGAUCGUCCAGAACACAUGGUUGCUUUUACUCAAUAUCCACAAUACAGUUGUUCAACAACUGGAAGUAGUCUGAAUGCCAUAGCCAGAUAUUAUAUAGCGCAAAAGAAAAAAGAAAAUCAAUCAUCAGCUCAAGAAUCACAAAGUAGACUGAUCGACCGACAAAGUAAUGUGAAAUGGAGUGUCAUUGAUCGAUGGCAAACACAUUCUGGUUUCAUUAACGCUUUUGUUGGUAAUAUCCGUGAUGAAUUGAAAAAAUUUCCGGCAAAUAUACGAGAUGAGGUUGUUAUAUUGUUUUCUGCACAUUCUCUACCCAUGAAGGUUGUUAAUCGGGGCGAUCCAUACCCAGCGGAAGUGGCGGCUACCGUACAAGCAGUAAUGCAAGAAUUAAAUUUCUCGAAUUCAUAUCGGCUUGUAUGGCAAUCAAAAGUCGGACCGAGUGCUUGGCUAGGCUGCCAAACUGAUGACGCAAUUACAGGUUUGGCACGAAACAAUCGCCGUCAUAUACUUCUAGUACCGAUUGCAUUCACAAGCGAUCAUAUCGAAACAUUACAUGAACUCGAUCUUGAAUAUUGUCAACAUUUAGCUACAAGUGCUAUGGCUGAUCUUGUUAAAAAUCAUCUCGAAGCCAAUAGUCCUCAUAGUGCACAACUGCCGCUACGGUGCCCUCAGUGUGUGAACAUAUCCUGUGAAAUAAUGCGAGAUUUCUUUUGUGGUUAA